AAAAAUGCUGACCGACACUAAUAUAUUUGCGGCAGAUGUGUUUAGCAGUUUUUAAUUCAUAAAUUAAAAAGUAUAAGCAUUUAUAAAAUAAAAAAAUGACUUUUAUGGAAGAUACGCUCAUUAUUUUGAUAUCCCAGUCAAUAUUCUUUGUGGGUGGAUGGAUAUUUUUUGUGAAACAAUUGUUUCGUGACUAUGAAGUUCAUCACACACUUGUUCAACUUAUAUUUUCAGUUACAUUCGCUCUCAGUUGUACAAUGUUUGAACUUAUUAUAUUUGAAAUCAUUGGAUAUUUAGAUACAAGUUCCAGAUAUUUCCAUUGGAAUUUUGGUCUAUACUCCUUAUUGUUUAUGGUGAUAGCACUGAUACCAUUUUACAUUGCCUAUUUCUGCAUCAGUAAUAUUAGGUUUGUGUCUAAGAAUAUCAUAAGACCACUGACAAUGUUUGUGUGGUUCAUUUAUUUAUAUUUCUUUUGGAAAAUUGGAGAUCCUUUCCCUAUAUUGAGUCCAAAACAGGGUAUAUUUUCAAUAGAGCAAGGGGUGUCUCGGAUAGGUGUCAUUGGUGUCACUGUCAUGGCACUACUGUCAGGCUUUGGUGCUGUCAACUAUCCUUACACAUCAAUGGCUAUAUUUAUAAGACCUGUUACACAAGCAGAUGUAUUAUCAAUAGAGAAAAAGUUACUACAAACAAUGGAUAUGAUACUUGUGAAAAAGAAGAGGAUAGCAUUAGCGGAAGCUAACAGUAUGGGAGGGAGACAGCAAUACAAUCUGUUGGACCAAUCCGGUGUCAAGAAUAGAGGAUUUUGGACAAAUAUUCUAUCUAGUGUUGGCAGCAUUGCUAAUCCACUCAGUCAUGGAAGUGAGAACAUAACACAGCUACGUCAAGAGAUAUCAGGUUUAGAGGAGUUAAGUAGACAGCUGUUCUUGGAGGCUCACGACGCACGCACAAUGCGGGAGAAGAUCGAAUGGUCCAAUACCUUCCAGGGGAAGUACUUCAACUUCCUCGGGUAUUUCUUUUCCCUGUAUUGUAUCUGGAAGAUAUUUAUUUCGACAAUAAACAUAGUGUUCGACCGAGUGGGGAAGAAGGACCCGGUGACCCGCGGCCUGGAGCUGCUGGUGCACUGGCUGGGGCUGCGGCUGGACGUCGCCUUCUGGUCCCAGCACGUCUCUUUCCUGCUGGUCGGAUGUAUCGUCCUCACCAGCAUCAGGGGUCUGCUUCUCACACUCACUAAGUUCUUUUACAAAAUAUCAUCAUCUAAAUCUUCAAACAUCAUAGUGCUCAUACUGGCUCAGAUAAUGGGUAUGUAUUUCUGUUCGUCUGUUCUAUUGAUGAGAAUGAACAUGCCUCCCGAAUACAGAAUUAUAAUAACACAAGUGCUCGGAGAUUUACAAUUUAAUUUCUACCACAGAUGGUUUGAUGUAAUAUUUCUUGUUAGUGCCUUGACUAGUAUUUUUACUCUGUACCUCGCCCAUAAACAACCGUCUGUCAGCUAGGGGUGUGACAUGACGUUGUCAACGUCAAAUCUUGUCAGUGUGAACUGUCAGUGAAAGUUACUUAAUAAGAAAAAUGUGUUUGUUAUCUGUGAUGUAUCCUGGAAUUAUAAUGUGAACCAAGUUAUGAUAAAAUACAACGAAAAUUAAA